GAUAUCUGACUGCUGGUUGGCUGAGAGCAGUCUCGUGUCAUCAGUCUAUGAUCGCGCGCUGCUCUCAGACGAAACAGUGCUGCGCGUUCGUGAGUGUCUGACUGAAGAUGACGCGUGAACGCGGAGCUGCGAGCAAAGCCAAACUCACCCAUCCUGGAAAAGCCAUCCUGGCAGGCGGCAUCGCAGGCGGCAUUGAAAUCUGCAUCACGUUUCCUACAGAGUAUGUGAAGACACAACUACAGUUAGAUGAGAAAGCCAAUCCACCGCGCUACAGAGGCAUCACGGACUGUGUGUCACAGACGGUCCGUCAUCAUGGAGUGAAGGGUUUAUAUCGAGGCCUGAGCUCGCUGCUGUACGGAUCCAUCCCAAAAUCUGCCGUCAGGUUCGGUGUGUUUGAAAUACUGAGUAACCAGAUGAAAGAUGAGUUUGGGAAACUGGACAGCACUCGAGGUUUAGUGUGCGGUUUGGGCGCGGGAGUGAUGGAGGCCGUCCUAAUCGUCUGUCCCAUGGAGACGAUAAAGGUGAAAUUCAUCCAUGAUCAAUCCUCAGCUAAUCCCAAAUACAGAGGGUUUUUCCACGGAGUGCGAGAGAUCGUCAGAACUCAAGGAAUCAGAGGGACGUAUCAAGGCCUCACAGCGACUGUCCUCAAACAAGGAUCCAAUCAGGCGAUCCGAUUCUUCGUCAUGACCUCUCUCAGGAACUGGUACAAGGGUGAUAACCCCAACAAAUCCAUCAACCCCAUCAUCACAGGUGCGUUCGGAGCGAUUGCAGGAGCGGCGAGUGUGUUUGGAAACACGCCGCUGGACGUCAUCAAGACCAGGAUGCAGGGUUUAGAAGCUCAUAAGUAUAAAAGCACAGUGGAUUGUGCCAUGAAGAUCAUGCGGCAUGAAGGACCAGCAGCGUUCUACAAAGGCACCGUCCCUCGUCUGGGGAGAGUGUGUUUGGACGUGGCCAUCGUCUUCAUCAUCUAUGAGGAGGUCGUGAAGGUCCUCAACAAAGUCUGGAAGACAGACUGAAAGAAGAAGAAGAGAGGAGACGCCAUCACUGUGUGAGGAACACCUGAUGAACCUCAUUUCUGUUGAAUUUCAUUUCUCCCCAUUAGUUCUGCCUUGAAACAUGCACAUGAUAUUUUUAAAAAAUAAUCUUUUUAAUUCAUACAGACGCCCAACGCCUCUUACACUGAAGUCACAUUAACUUGAAACAAUGCAAUUGACAAAUUUAACAGAUUUAGUUUAUUAAUAAACAGAUGCUUUAACUUCUAGAUUUAACACACCUAUAAAGAGAAAACAAACGCACACUUACGUUUACAGACGUUUGUCCCCGAACGAACGUGACAGAGAAAUCAUCGAAACGGAUUUAAUGUUACUGUGAAUGUUUUAACCAGAGAAAACCUUGAAGAGUAGGUGGAAAUAUUUACAUAUAUGAAUAUUUAUAGGUAUAUUAGAGAAAUUUAACUACAGAUCAUUCCAUAAUACUGUAUGAUUUUUAUUUUUAAAAAAAUGAUUAAUUUUUUAUGCUUCUGACAUUUCUACUUAAAAUGUUUUAAAAUAUUUUUACAUUUGUAAAACCAUUUUUUAUUCAUUGAUUUUAGUGUGUUUUAUAUUUAUUUCCAUGUUGUGUUGCACAUGUGCCUUUAACCAUUAAACUCUUAAUUAUUAUUUUUCUGAAAAAAGACAUUUUUAAUAAUUCUUCUGUCAGUUUUGAAGCAUCCAUGCGCUGAUCUCAGACCUGCUGUAUCUGUCCAUGUGCAAUAUCAGAUGUAUUAGAUAUAACUGGAAGAAUACGGAUGUCGCUGCUGUCAUUAUUCACACACACGUACUGUAAAUGUGAUUGAUUACGAGCGGAUCUGAAUAUGCGUUAUUUCCAGUGUGAUGUUUUCUGUGUAAACCCAGCAUGAAUCUCCAGCUCUGUGUAUGUCUGUUCUCUCGUGUAUGAGGUGAAAUAGUGUCACAAACUGUAUUGUUAUUGUUGAUAAUUGAGUGUGCAGUGCUGCUGCUGACCACUAGAGGGCAGAAAGAUGUUGAACGUGCCUGGACGGAUCUCAUAGGUGAGUUCACGCCAUGUUGUAAUUACUGUAAUUACAAGAUUUUAACUCCCGUCCUCGUAGAGCUCAUAAUUACAGCUUGUAAGAUGGGAAUUUUCUGAAAGCUCCUACUUGUACCAUGUGACAGCUGCAGAUUAAUUCAGGAGCAUGUGAACAGCUCCGAAUAGAACGUCACGUGUUUUACUACGGUAAUUACGACAUGGUGUGAACGCAGCACAUGCUUCGGUGUUGUGUUGAUCUGUGUGUUUAUGUGCCCUUUAGCAAUAUUCAGUGAGAUUGUUUGUGCCAUGUUUUCUUGCCUUUGUAGAUCUAAAGGGAAGGCUCCUUAAUACUAAAUGCUAAUGUGCUAAUAAAAUGAUUUUAUUUUCACAGGUAAA